CAUUUUCAUUCUUCAACGCAGGCAAAUCGACAAUUAUAUUCGCUUUGCUUCGUGUCCAAAUUGCAAAUAUGUCCUCUUUCAUCACCACGAUUCAGUCGAAACUCGGCUACUCGUCUAAGAAGGCCCUCCUUCUGGGUGCUGGCUUCGUUACCAGGCCCACGGUCCAGAUCCUCGCAGAUGCCGGCGUUGAGGUCACAGUUGCCUGCAGGACUCUUGAAAGCGCAAAGAAGCUAUGCGAGGGUAUCAAGAACACCCGACCGAUUUCACUCGACGUAACCAAAGAUGCAGACCUGGACGCUGCUGUCGAGAACUCCGAUCUGGUGAUUUCCUUGAUUCCCUACACCUUCCACGCCACGGUCAUCAAAUCUGCAAUCCGCAAGAAGAAGAAUGUGGUCACCACCAGCUAUGUCUCUGAUGCAAUGAAGGAGCUGGAACAACAAGCGAUAGAGGCAGGUAUCACAGUGAUGAAUGAAAUCGGCCUGGACCCUGGUAUCGACCAUCUCUACGCUGUCAAGACAAUUGAAGAAGUCCACAAGGCCGGCGGCAAGAUCACGUCGUUUUUGUCAUACUGCGGUGGCCUGCCCGCUCCCGAAGCAAGCGACAACCCCCUCGGCUACAAGUUUUCCUGGUCAAGCCGAGGUGUCCUCCUUGCUCUCCGAAAUGCCGCCAAGUUCUACGAAGGUGGUUCGGUCAAAGAAAUUGCUGGUCCAGAGCUCAUGGCCAGCGCGAAACCGUACUUUAUCUACCCUGGUUUCGCCUUUGUGGCAUAUCCCAACCGAGACUCUACACCAUACCGAGAACGCUAUAACAUCCCAGAAGCACAGACAGUUAUCCGUGGUACACUGAGAUACCAGGGAUUCCCCGAGUUCGUCAAGGUGCUUGUCGACAUCGGUUUCCUGUCCGACGAGGAGCAGUCCUACCUGAAGCCAUCCGACAAGCCAAUGUCCUGGGCUGAGGCGACACAGAAGAUUAUUGGCUCAUCAAGUCAGAAGGAGUCUGACCUAACAUGGGCUAUUCAGUCGAAGACUAAGUUCAACGAUACGGCACAAAAACAACGAAUCAUUUCUGGCCUCAAAUGGCUUGGGCUGUUCUCUGACAAGCCCAUCACGCCCCGAGGCAAUCCGUUGGACACGCUAUGCGCCACGCUGGAGGAGAAGAUGCAGUACGAGAAGGGUGAGCGCGACAUGGUCAUGCUGCAGCACAAGUUUGAAAUCGAGCACAAGGACGGAAGCACAGAGACCCGGACCAGCACACUCGUCGACUAUGGCGAGCCUAACGGCUGGAGCUCCAUGGCCAAAUUGGUUGGUGUUCCUUGCGGUCUCGCAUGCCUGAUGGUCUUGGAUGGCAGAAUCAACAAGAAGGGAAUUCUUGCUCCUGUUACCUGGGACUUGGCUGAGCCUCUCUUGAACGAAUUGAAGGAGAAGUAUGGCAUCUUCUUGACCGAGAAGACCAUUGAGUAAAUCCACCAGACAUCAGGCGGCGUUGGACGGACACCUGCGUGAAUCCAUGUCAGCUUAGAUGGAAAUGAACAUGAAAAUACGGGUGGGAUGUCUUCUUCAAAGUAGACCAAUGCAUGAAUGAACCUAUGAACUCCAGUGUCCGCGUCAUUGGAGGUUGGAUCAUAUAUGUGGCAUGGGCUGAAUGCUUGUCCGAUCUCACUCCAGACUUCCACCUCCUCUCCUUCCAGACUACAGUCCCCUGGCCUAAGACCU